AUGUCGGUGCCUCCGUCUGGGCCCGGCAUGGGAGGAGCUGGCUUGAUGAUGAGAAAAACUCGGCCACUCUUCCUUCCCAUCUCUGUCACUGCCAUGGUCAUUGAUUUACUGCCCCCAGGAACGAAAAGAAAUGCCAAACAGUCGCACAACCCCUUUCACUUCGCAGAUGGAAAUUUGAAAAUGCAUGUUCAUGCCAAAGUGUCAGAUGUCCGUGGAGCCAAAGGUAAUUUUCCUGAGGAAGAGCAUUUAGCGGAGUCUCUGCCUCAUGACGCCAUAUUCAGCUUUUUCAGUGAGGACCUUCACUCCAGCCUCUACUUUGUCAAUGCAUCUCUGCAAGAGGUAGUGUUUGCGAGCACCACGGGGACCCUGGUGCCCUGCCCUGCUGCAGGCAUCCCUCCUGUGUCUCUCAGAUGGUACCUAGCAACGGGCGAGGAGAUCUACGAUGUCCCCGGGAUCCGCCACGUCCACUCCAACGGCACUCUCCAAAUUUUCCCCUUCCCUCCUUCAAGCUUUAGUACCUUAAUCCAUGAUAAUACUUACUAUUGCACAGCUGAAAAUCCUUCAGGGAAAAUUCGAAGUCAGGAUGUCCACAUCAAGGCUGUUUUCAGUGAGGACCUUCACUCCAGCCUCUACUUUGUCAAUGCAUCUCUGCAAGAGGUAGUGUUUGCGAGCACCACGGGGACCCUGGUGCCCUGCCCUGCUGCAGGCAUCCCUCCUGUGUCUCUCAGAUGGUACCUAGCAACGGGCGAGGAGAUCUACGAUGUCCCCGGGAUCCGCCACGUCCACUCCAACGGCACUCUCCAAAUUUUCCCCUUCCCUCCUUCAAGCUUUAGUACCUUAAUCCAUGAUAAUACUUACUAUUGCACAGCUGAAAAUCCUUCAGGGAAAAUUCGAAGUCAGGAUGUCCACAUCAAGGCUGUUUUACGGGAGCCCUAUACAGUCCGUGUGGAGGACCAGAAAACCAUGAGAGGCAAUGUUGCGGUCUUCAAGUGCAUUAUCCCCUCCUCGGUGGAGGCGUACAUCACUGUCGUCUCAUGGGAGAAAGACACCGUCUCACUCAUCUCAGGAUCUAGAUUUCUCAUCACAUCCACGGGAGCCUUGUAUAUUAAAGAUGUACAGAAUGAAGAUGGAUUGUAUAACUACCGCUGUAUCACACGGCACAGAUACACCGGGGAGACAAGGCAGAGUAACAGUGCUAGACUUUUUGUGUCAGACCCAGCGAACUCAGCCCCGUCCAUACUGGAUGGGUUUGAUCAUCGCAAAGCCAUGGCGGGGCAGCGUGUGGAGUUGCCUUGCAAAGCGCUCGGCCACCCCGAGCCAGAUUACCGCUGGCUGAAGGACAGCAUGCCCCUGGAACUUUCUGGAAGGUUCCAGAAGACCGUGACUGGGCUGCUUAUUGAGAAUGCACGUCCCUCAGACUCAGGCAGCUAUGUGUGUGAAGUGUCCAACAGAUAUGGAACUGCUAAGGUGAUAGGCCGCCUGUACGUGAAACAGCCACUGAAAGCUGCCAUCAGCCCCAGGAAAGUUAAAAGCAGCGUGGGCAGCCAGGUUUCCUUGUCCUGCAGCGUGACAGGAAGUGAGGGCCAGGAACUCUCCUGGUACCGAAACGGUGAAGUCGUCAAACCUGGAAAAAAUGUCAGGAUAACAGGCAUCAACCACGAGAACCUUAUAAUGGAUCACAUGGUCCGAAGUGACGGGGGCGCGUACCAGUGCUUUGUGCGCAGGGACAAGCUGUCCGCUCAAGACUAUGUGCAGGUGGUCCUUGAAGAUGGAACUCCCAAAAUUAUUUCUGCCUUUAGUGAAAAAGUGGUGAGUCCAGCAGAGCCUGUCUCCCUCAUGUGCAACGUGAAGGGAACACCGUUGCCCACGAUCACGUGGACCCUGGACGAUGACCCCAUCCUCAAGGGCGGCAGUCACCGCAUCAGCCAGAUGAUCACCUCCGAGGGCAACGUGGUCAGCUACCUGAACAUCUCCAGCUCUCAGGUCCGGGACGCGGGAGUCUACCGCUGCACUGCCAACAACUCGGCGGGAGUCGUCCUGUACCAGGCUCGAAUAAACGUAAGAGGGCCUGCAAGCAUUCGACCGAUGAAAAAUAUCACAGCAAUAGCAGGACGGGACACAUACAUUCACUGUCGUGUGAUUGGCUAUCCAUAUUACUCCAUCAAAUGGUACAAGAACUCUAAUCUGCUUCCUUUUAACCACCGCCAAGUGGCAUUUGAGAACAAUGGCACGCUAAAACUCUCGGAUGUGCAAAAGGAAGUUGACGAGGGGGAGUACACCUGCAACGUGCUGGUUCAACCCCAGCUCUCCACCAGCCAGAGCGUCCACGUGACGGUCAAAGUUCCACCUUUUAUCCAACCUUUUGAGUUUCCAAGAUUCUCCAUUGGACAGCGGGUCUUCAUCCCGUGUGUUGUGGUCUCAGGGGACCUACCCAUCACCAUCACCUGGCAGAAGGACGGCCGGCCAAUCCCAGCGAGCCUUGGGGUGACCAUUGACAACAUUGACUUCACAAGCUCCUUAAGGAUUUCCAACCUCUCCCUGAUGCACAAUGGGAAUUACACCUGCAUAGCCCGCAAUGAGGCAGCAGCUGUGGAGCACCAAAGCCAACUAAUUGUGAGAGUUCCUCCCAAGUUUGUGGUUCAGCCACGGGACCAAGAUGGGAUUUAUGGCAAGCCUGUCAUUCUCAAUUGCUCAGCUGAGGGUUAUCCUGUACCCACCAUCGUGUGGAAAUUCUCUAAAGGUGCUGGGGUUCCCCAGUUCCAACCGAUUGCCCUGAAUGGCCGAAUUCAGGUCCUCAGCAACGGGUCUCUGUUGAUCAAGCACGUGGUGGAAGAAGACAGCGGCUACUACCUGUGCAAGGUCAGCAACGAUGUGGGCGCGGACGUCAGCAAGUCCAUGUACCUCACGGUGAAAAUGGGUCCAUCAGGCCUGGGUGUGGACAGCUCCGUCCAGCAGAACGCGUUGGUGUCAGGAUAG